CGUGUGAUAGAUGUAAUUCUGUUCAAUUGCAAACAACCUUGGAUCGUCCCUGUGGACACAACAACAGUACCACUCCUCUCCAUGGCGGAAACUGGGCUCCCCAAGUUGGAAGCUACCUUUAUCACCCGGAUCCUCUUCCCCCUGCUCUUCUUGCUGCUCCUGAUGUGGCCCCUGUCUGGGCAAGGCAGCCCCAUCUCCCUUGCCCCAGAGAGGCAUCACCCUGCUCCCGGGCUGAGGGACAGCCACAGGGGAGUCAUAGACCCAUCUCUGUUGGAGCAGGACAAUGAUGUGGACAUGCAGAGCCUGCUGGUGAAUCUGAGAGGCCAGUUUCUCCGGACCUUCAACCUGUCUGGCCUGGGCCCUCCUGCCCAGCCGCCUGGCAGUGCCCGUGUGGAGCCUCCUGAGUACAUGAUGGAGUUGUACAACCGCUUCGCCAAUGACCGCACCGCCAUGCCCACCGCCAACAUCAUCCGCAGCUUCAAGAAUGAAGACUCACCUCCCUGCAGUUUGGGUACUGGAGGGGUGAGACAACACCUGCUCUUCAAGGUACCGUUCCCCCAACAUGAGCGCAUCACCGCCGCAGAGCUGCGUCUCUACACCCUGGUUCAGACCGACCGCAACCUCUACGUCGGGGUCGACCGUAAGGUGACCAUCUAUGAGCUGGAGCAGCAGAAUGGAACAGGGGAGGACAACAGAACAGGAGAGGACAACAGAACAGGGGAGGACAACAGAACAGGGGAGGACAACAGAACAGAGGAGGACAACAGAACAGGGGAGGACAACAGAACAGGGGAGGACAACAGAACAGAGGAGGACAACAGAACAGGGGAGGACAACAGAACAGGGCAGGACAACAGAACAGGGGAGGACAACAGAACAGAGGAGGACAACAGAACAGGGGAGGACAACAGAACAGGGGAGGACAACAGAACAGGGGAGGACAACAGAACAGGGGAGGACAACAGAACAGGGGAGGACAACAGAACAGGUUGAGGACAACAGGGGAGGACAACAGAACAGGGGAGGACAACAGUGGCCAGUAGGCCACUAACACUAAUCCACACUUCAUUUACCUGUCUCUCUAACAGUAACAGCAACAGGCUUCUCAAGAGGAAGCAAAAACCUGACUGGACUGGACUUCUGCUAGGGGCCUGCCCUCAUCCUCACCCCCACCACCUCCCCCUGGCACUUGGGCUGAGGUCAGAGGUUAGGGUGGACUGGGUUAUCUGAGUUCUCACCCACCAUCCCACAUUGUCCUCAGAGAGUUAGUCACAUGACAUGUGAGCCAUUCUCUCCCACUACUCUGCACCGAAAAGGAGGUGUUGGCACUGAGAAACGUGCUCCGCCACUCACGACUGGGGGGUCUGUCAACAUUCCAUGGUUACUAAUAGAAACAUGAAAAGAUAAACAGCAUGCUCGACUCCACUUGUAUAAACUUAGACCGGGUGUUGAGCCAUUGUACUGUAUGUACAAAACAAUAGGACAGCACUCCAAUGAACUCCUAUGAACUCCAGCACUCCUAUUUUUGUUCUACUAACGUUAAUAGAAACAGACUCUACUUAUACUCUUAGAAAAAAGGGUUCCGAAAGGGUUCCUCGGCUGUCCCCAUAGGAGUACCCUUUUGGUUCAGGUAGAACUCUUUUUGGUUCCAAGUAGAACCCUUUUGGGUUCCAUGUAGAACCUUCUGUGGAAAGGGUUUUACAUGGAACCCGAAAGGAUUCUAUCUGGAACCAAAUAGGUUAUUUAAAGGGUCCUCCUAUUGGGACAGCUGAAGAACCCUUCUAGGUUCUAGAUAGCAUCUUUUUUUCUAAGAGUGUAGCAUAACUCACUGUCCUACAU